UGAUGAAAAUUACAGGCCUCUCUCAUCUUUUUAAGUGGGAGAACUUGCACAAUUGGUGGUUGACUAAAUAAUUUUUUGCCCCACUGCACGCAUCCAUGCAAACAAACACUCACACACACGCUAUCACAGGCACAUUUUGUAAACACAAACACAUACCUGCACAUAUGCAGAAACAGAUGUGUAAACACACACACGCACACACACACACACACACACACACACACACACACACACACACACACACACAUACACACACAUACACACACACACAGUCAGCCACCAGUAAGUAUCCUUACAUCUGGUGUAACAGCUACAGCUGCAGCAGGAGGUUCUAGAAGACCUCAGGCAUCCCCCACCAUGACCCCUGACCUUGGAGAGGUCACAGCUGACCUUUUACCCCCUGAGGCUGAGUAGGGAAGACCCAGGGAGAAAUCUGGAGUCAUCUCUCACUGAGAUGCAAGUUAGUUAGUUUGUUAGUUAGUCAGCUAGUCACCUAGUUAUCUUGCCAGCUAGUUAGUUAUUCAUUCAGAUCUUAUAUGCAAUUGGGACAGGGUUACCUCCACCAACCAGGUGCUAGGGCUAGUCUCUCUUCUCUAUAUGACCAGAUACUCAGAGAGAAUCCUGUCCACUCCCACACAUGUUAGCAUGUCCACAGUCUCCCCUCUAAAAAAAAGAAAGAGGUUUGGCUUGGCAUUUCAGUCCAGAAAUGCCUGCACAAUAUAUUUGUCUUUGCCAAAGACCAAGACACAAUGUCAUGCUGUUUGGGCUAUGCUAUGAAACCAGCUUGGGGAGGGGAGUGGUAGAGCUAGUGUCUCUGUGUAGAAAAGUUCCCCAUUCCUCUAGCUAGCAAUGGAGAACAAGGUUUCAAUACAGCAUGGGAAGCUAUGGGUUUCAAAGCAGCAUGAGUAGACUGCACUGUUUCAGUAUUUCAGUGCAUGUGUCCGUGGGUUCAGCCACCUUACUUAGUGUUGGAAGAUGCAUUGCACAGUGCUAGAGUUGUUGAGAGUAGUUUGAAUGGAACAAUCCAUUUUUAUAUAGCAUGUAACAGCAUACAGAAAGCUGAAAGUACAGUGCAACUUAACCUUGUAGAAAUAGUCUGUCAUAAUACAGCAUGCUUUGUCAACUAACCCUGUCUGAGUUCCUGUCAGUGAGAUAACUCAGCAGCUACCUUCUAGGAAUGGUCUCCUACUACUUCUUCUCACUUCUAUUUGAAUCAAGGGGGCUACGCCAGCUUCCUCCAAGUGCCGCCCCUUCCCUCUCUGACUGUGUGUGUGUGUGUGUGUGUGUGUGUGUGUGUGUGUGUGUGUGUGUGUGUGUGUGUGUGUGUGUGUGUGUGUGUGUGUGUCUGUGUGUGUCUGUGUGUCUGUGUGUGUGUGUGUGUGUGUGUGUGUGUGUGUGUGUGUCUGUGUCUGUGUGUGUGUCUGUGUGUCUGUGUGUGUGUGUGUGUGUGUGUGUGUGUGUGUGUGUGUGUGUGUGUGUGUGUGUGUGUGUGUGUGUGUGUGUGUGUGUGUGUGUGUGUGAAACAGGGGGAGCAGUAAGGGGAAAGACAUCAGCACAAUCAAGUCUCUGAGGGUUCUGAGAGUGUUGCGACCUCUGAAGACUAUCAAGCGUCUUCCAAAGCUCAAGGCUGUGUUUGACUGUGUGGUCAACUCCCUGAAGAACGUCCUGAACAUCCUCAUCGUCUACAUGCUCUUCAUGUUUAUUUUUGCUGUGGUGGCCGUGCAGCUGUUCAAAGGCAGAUUCUUCUACUGUACUGACGAGUCCAAGGAGUUUGAGCGCGAUUGCAGGGGCGAAUAUCUAGUCUAUGAGCGGAAUAAUGAAGUGAAGGCGCAGAAGCGGGAGUGGAAGAAGUACGAUUUCCACUACGACAACGUGCUUUGGGCCCUGCUCACCCUCUUCACCGUGUCUACCGGAGAGGGGUGGCCGCAGGUGCUGAAACAUUCAGUGGAUGCGACCUAUGAGAAUCAGGGCCCGAGCCCGGGGUACCGGAUGGAGAUGUCCAUCUUUUACGUGGUGUACUUCGUGGUCUUCCCCUUCUUCUUCGUCAAUAUCUUCGUAGCUCUCAUCAUCAUCACUUUCCAGGAGCAAGGAGACAAGAUGAUGGAGGAUUACAGUUUAGAGAAAAACGAGAGAGGCUGCAUAGACUUUGCCAUUAAUGCCAAACCGUUGACGCGACACAUGCCCAAGAACAAGCAAAGCUUCCAGUACCGCAUGUGGGAGUUUGUGGUGUCGCCGCCAUUCGAGUAUACAAUCAUGGCUAUGAUCGCGCUCAAUACUAUCGUUCUGAUGAUGAAGUACGACGGAGCCUCUCCGGCCUAUGAGGCUGUGCUGGCCAACCUGAACAUCGUGUUCACCUCGCUGUUCUCCAUGGAGUGUGUGCUCAAGAUCAUCGCCUUUGGAGUGCUGAAUUACUUCAAAGAUGCCUGGAACAUUUUUGACUGUGUGACAGUCCUGGGCAGCAUUACAGAUAUUUUAGUGACUGAGCUCGGGAUGGUUUGUACUUUUUUGGAGAUACUUGAAUUACUGCAUCCAUUUCCUGGUGUGGCUGUGGUGAUGCAUGUUGCUCGACUCCUCACCCUGGCAGUGACCCCUGACCUUUGAUCUCUGACCCAGGUUUGACAAGAUGACUCGACUGACCUCCUGCUCCCAGUCACCGGACAGAGACAUUCGACCAAUCCCAAAUGGACUACCCCUUGUAUAGAUCUAAAAGGAUCAGAUAGGAUUUAGCAAAUAUUCCACCUAUCCUAUCUGGAUGGGUUCAUUGUCAGAAUACUGAUACCAAUCCAAUGCUUUCAGAUCUACACAUGUGAUAGGCCUAGAGGGGCUUGAGGUCAAUUUGGAUUUGGCCAGUAGUCAUUGUCCUAAUACCCUUCAGGUUCUGAUUUAAUACUGUUCAAAUGCACCCUUCCUUCCUCCCUUCCUUGAAGUGAUCACAGCUUUGAUCUGACUGAUCUGACUGAUCUGAUCCAAAAUAAAGGAAACACUUGUGUAAAUGAGGCUUCUGGCAGCUCUGUUAUGGUGUGGGGUGCUUUUCCUGGCAUGGUCCGCUCAUCCCUUUAGAGGGCAAGGUAAACGCCAAUAAAUACACAGCCUUUCUGAAUGAACCCUUUCAUCCUUUCUGUCUUGAUGGGAGUGACCUCUUCCAGGAUGACAAUGCCCCCAUCCACAGGGCACGAGUGGUCACUGAAUGGUUUGAUGAGCAUGAAAAUGGAGCGACGCCUGAGACAGGAGUAAUGGAAUUUUAUCAUGGAAGAACAUUGAAGCUGUUCUGGCAGCUCGUGGUGGCCCAACACCCUACUACAACACUUUAUGUUGGUGUUUCCUCUAUUUUGGCAGUUACCUUUAUGUAGCUAUGUGGUGGAACUCCUACUCUCGCUAAUCUGAUCAUGUUCAAUCAGUGAUUAUUUCAAGGAGGGAAGGAAGAACAAAUGUGUUGUAAAAGUAUUCUAUCAGAUCUGUGGUAAUGUAGGAAAGGAACAAGGAAAGGAAGCUGGUCAAGCCUAUUAGGACACAGCCAUUGUCCUGUGGACAAUACUCUCACAAUCACUAGACAUGCACCACUUACAUUCCUUAAAAGCAAUCUCACACACACACACACACACACACACACACACACACACACACACACACACACACACACACACACACACACACACACACACACACACACACACACACACACACACACACACACAUGCAUGCUAGUGUCUGUGAGAGCCAGGGGAGUAAGGUGUGACAGGAGUGCACAGAGUGACUGGGUCUAAAGCUUCACCCAUGGCAGACCGGGCUACGGUGCAUGCUGCCCCACUGCAUGUCUCUGGCAGGGAUGACACACACGUAUACUACUCAUAGACAGAUAAGUUAAACACACCCAGACAUACAUGGACACUGACCUACACACACAUAUACACACAUACAACAGUACAUAGCUAAAUAAAUACAUGCACAUAGGCUUGUGUUGCAAUACCAUAGUGAACAUGCUCUUGAUGGGAGCUGAAUGUGCCUACUGCCAAGCCCUCUCUAACCCAGAACCCUUCCCUUGGUAGAGGGUUGAAGGACCAUGCACAUCAUAGGACAGUGAGCAUCACAAACAUAGUUUACAGUAAUCAAGUACAGUUUGAUUUCUGUAGUGGUUUUUACAAAUGCUUUUUUUUUUUUUUUUUUUUUACAAAUCACCAUUAAGUGUGUAAUAAUUUGAGCAAGACAAGUCGUAUGAUUCGCCCUAUGAAUAUGGAAUUAUAGUAAUGCUAUCACUGUUAUAUCAACAUUAGAACUUUGUAACAAUUAUAUUUCUAAAUAUCAUCAAUAUAUUUGCAGUUUGUCCUUCAACCCAGAACCCCACUCCCCCUCCCCUUUCUCUGACUGUGACGCAAGAAAGGUUGGGUUCAAUUCCAUGUAAAUUCUGUUAUUUCAGGAGGUGACUUGAAAUUCAGGAGGCCUCUGAAAGCAACAGUGGACAAUUUUUUAUUUUAUUAAUUAAAUGUUAUCUCAGUUUAUCCCCUGAAUUGAGUGAACUGAAAUGGAAUCGAACCUGACUUUAUAGUGUCACAGGACUAAAACGAGCCAAUCCCUUGUGGAGGAGAGCUGUCAGCUUUGCUGCGUUGCGUUGACACCUGGUUAACUUGCUGUGAUCUAGCUAGUUCCAUAUUGUGUGGUGGUGCGUUUGCCUUGAGGAUCAGUGCAUUUGGUUGUAUUUACAAGAAAAUCGGUUCCCUGCACCCACUACUACUACUACUACUACUACUACUACUACUACUAACUACUACUAACUACUACUACUGCUGCUACUAUUACUACAGCUACUACUACUAUUACUAUUUACUACUACUACUACUACUACUG